AUGACGAUCGAAGAAUACGAUCAAUAUGAACAGGCAUACAGGGAUGAAAGUGACCACGAAGAAUACAUCCGGGGCAACGACAUUAAUAAAGAAAAUAAAGCCCCGUCUCACAGCCAUUCCGUUCCACCUACGCUACGCGCACCGCUUGCCAACACCUUCGAAGAACGCGAAGAAAGGCCACUCGCUACCGUUGAACGCGAGGAACCUACCGUUCAUACUGACCUCCCUGAUGCUAUAAGGUCAGGAUCAGACACGGACACGACGGAUCAGAUGGAUCGCAACGAGGAACUACAGGCCCAGUUAGCCUACCUCAACCGUUUGGCGGACGUCAAUCAGACCAGAAUCAAGGAACUGGAGAUCCAACAACUCGCCUAUAACCGCCAGCGGCGUCACAUCCAUCGGCAAGAUAGAUGGGACUAUGAGGACACCUUCAAGGACUCCCAAAAGAAACCGGAAGAACUCAUCGCCCUCAUCCAGGCCUCAUUGCAGGGCCUCAAGAAGAAAAUCACUCGAGACAGCAAGUGGACCCACAAGUUCAAUCUGGACGAGAAGUACAACCGUCAGAUUCAGACAGAAUUCUAUGCGGGUCCCAUCGACGAUGACUCCUUCAUCGAGCCAUACCCUCCACGACAAUCAUUCCAAUCCAUUGGAGUGACCGCGUUCGAGGCCAAUGUCUACACCGUGUGUGAUCGCCCUUGGUCACCCCAAGCAGGAGACCACCCCCAGGUCCACCCAGGCCACCCAUCUCACGGGAAAAUCGCCUGGAUCCAAUGCUUAUAUGACGCUUGCCCAUGGCAUUUGUCAUACAAGAUGGAACACGACCACUUCCCCCAACGCGUUUGGGAAAACGAUGUCCCAAUACCAGUACGAACCGCCCAUCAUAAAGACUCUAUUAGCAUGUGGGACACUUGCACACCCCGCAAACGCGAUGGAGGCGGCCGACUCAUGAGACUCGUCUUGAAGGAUGGGUAUACGCGUGAAUGCAUGGAAUCUCCCCACACCAGAUACCAGGACUGUUGCAAAAUCAAUUGCGCAGUCCACAUGGCCGACAAAGCACGACAAUGGCAUUCAAGACAAGCCAUGCGUGAAGAAAGGGCAUUCCAGCGCACUCAGCGUAAGGAGGAAACAGCAGUAGCAGCAUCUUCUAGCACCAGCGAGACGGCCAGUGGAUCUUCGUCUAAAUCGAAGUCCCAGAGGAAACGCCGUGCUCGCGGUGGCCGCAGAAGACAGGGAAAUGGCGCCAGCUCCUCGCGAGAGGACCACGAGUAG